GGCCGCGGCCGGGGCCGGGGCCGGGAGCGCCGCGCGCCGCGGGGCCGCCGCCGCAGCGGGGCCGGGAGCGCAGCUGGAGCAGGUGCUGGAGCGCAGCUUUGCCCACAAGCGAUGGGGCAGGAGUGGAGACUUUGAUGCCUUUCCUGGGAGUCCUCAGAGCCAUGACUGCAACUGUGCAGACGCUGCGUUUCAAGCUGCUGCCGCACGACACGGGCCAGGAGUGGGCACACAGCUGCCAGCAGGAAAUCGAGCGUCGCUACCAAGUGGUGCCCUCAGUGGUGUGUGCCAUGUGCUGCCUCUUCGGGAUCAUCUACUGCUUCUUUGGCUACCGCUGCUUCAAGGCCGUCAUGUUCCUGACGGGGCUGAUGUUUGGCUCCAUCAUCAUCUUCAUGCUGUGCUACAAGGAGCGGGUGCUGGACACGCAGCUGAGUGUGGAGGCCUCGGUGGGCAUUGGGCUGGGCAUCGGUGUCCUGUGCGGGCUCGUCACCAUGCUGGUGCGCAGCGUCGGCCUCUUCAUGGUGGGGCUGCUCCUGGGGCUGUUGCUGGCGGUGGCCACGCUGGUGGUGAUGGAGCAGUUUUACCACCCGCCGACAGUGUGGAUCCCCAUCGCGCUCCUCCUGGGCGUGGGGAUGCUCUUUGCUGUGCUCACCCUGCAGUGGCAGCGGUUCUUCACUACUCUCUCCACCGCCGUCUUCGGCAGCGCCAUCAUGACCGUCACUGUCGAUUACUUCAUCGAGCUCUUCCUGCUGGUGCAGUACAUCUAUGAGCGCAUCAAGGUGGCCCCCGCUCGCCCCGUGUGCUGGUACAGCUGGGUCAUCCUGGGCGUCUGGCCGCUGCUCACCACACUGGGUGUCUUGGUGCAGUGGAAAGUCACAGCUGAGGGCUACUCCCACACCGAAGUGAUCAUCAGCCGGCAGCAGCGCCGUGUGCAGCUGAUGCGCAUCAAGCAGCGGGAGGACUGGAAGGAGAAGAAGAAGAAGCGGAGACCCCACCACCCGCCACCCCACCAGCACAAGGCCCACCCGCCUGAGCCUGCCUACCGCCGCAAGCCCAACCCCGUGCGCCGCUUCGAUGGGGACGUGCUCUCCCCAGUGAGUCACAUGCCCAGGAGCUACAUCCAGAGUUUCCGAGAGCGGCAGACGGGGCCAUCCCUGAACAGCCUCAUGGCCAGCUCCCACACCGUGGUGGACCUGGACUAUGACUGCAGCUCCACUGUGCCCCUCACUACGGGCUCUGGCCCCGCUGUGCGGGUAUAACCCAACCCAGUGACCUCGAGCGACACCAGCACUCCAGCCUGCUCUGACAGACCCCCUAGGACAUGUGGGGCUGUUCCCUCAGCCCUGGACGGCCACGUCCGGCUCAGGGCUGUGGAGGCUGUGGAUGGAGAUCCUUCCUGGGGGAGCAUGGCACUCAGCUAGGCAAGCCCAGGAUGCCAGUGGGGCCAGAGGUGCUGGGGAAACCCUCCGGCAGGGACUCAGCCCAAGGACUGGGGACACAUGGACUCAUGGACUGUGGUGUGAGCAGCUCUGCUGGUGUGCGGGGCUCCUGCAGGUGCCCCAGGGCUCCCUGAGCCCCCGCUGCUGUGUGUUUCCCCCGGGCCCGGGCACGCUUAUCCUGCAUCCCAACAUCUCCAUCCCCAUGUUUGAGCCCCCUCCCUGAGAGCAGCUCCCCGUGCCUGCCCCCACUCCAUGGCACCCCCACAGCAACUCCCCAAGUGCCUGUGCCCCAGGUCCCUUCCUCAACAAGCAGGUGCCCAAGCCCUUGGCCCUCCAGUGAUCCCCCCCUGCAUGUGUGUCCCCAUCCCAGCCCUGCCCGCAAGCAGCUCCCAGCCCCUCUCUUAGGCAGCUCCCCCCAGUACCUGUCUCCUCUGCCCGAGGCACUCUCCUUGCCCCCAGAGCAGCUUGCCUUGACCCCCCCCUUUUCCCGGGCUGAGCCAGGGUUGGUGCUGGGGCAGACGCUGCCCGGACCAGGCUGUUCCCAUGGGGAGGACCAGGGAUGCUGCCACGGGGAGGAGGCACCCGGGGCUCCUGCUUGCGCCUGUGCAGGGGAGUUGCGAGGAGCCCUGCCCCUCUGCCAGCAUGUGUCCAGCGUGACAUGCCCAGGGGGACCCCAUACAGGUCCCCCCUCUUUUGAUGGGAUAUGGGGCACUGGAGCCAACCUUUGGGCAGGGGCUGGGCUGCCUCAGGGAUGCAGGGACUCCUGUGGCAUCUGAGGCCAUCGCUGUUUUGCUGGCGACUGGAUUUUAUAGUGGACAGGGGGGGACCCUGGGGUAGGGCUGAGCCUCCGGCUGGGGCAGCACGUCUGCGGGGCAGGGCAGGAGCCCCUGCCCAGAGCACCGCUGCAGGCAGAGGCUCCCGCCUUGUAUAUAUUUCUCUUGCUGUGAUUUGUAUUAAUUUAUUAUGGAGCGAGCCAGGACUUCACGCCGGGAAAGGCCCUUCCCCUCCCCGCAGCCAUGCCGGGGAGCAAAGCAGCACUCAGUGGGGCCAGCCGGGCCGGGGUGUCACAGUGGGUCCCCAGCGCCAUGCAGCCAGGGGGUCCCACUGCCCCGGGAACUGCAUGUGUCUGCCCCGCGCCUCCAGCUCCGCGGCGCAGCGCCGCCCUCCCCUUUUCAGUCUCUUUUGUAAAUGUGCCAAACGCUGCUGAGGCCACGGCCACACAGUAAAGAGCCUUUCGGA